UCUAAUUUAUAUGGAAGCUUCCAGAUUCUGCUGUAUUUACAUCAAAAAAAGCAUAAGAAAAAGUCUCUGCAUGGCUGUUCUGUUUCUCUGAGUAGCAAAAGGCUGGAAACUUUGCAGAAAAUGAAAUUUAGCGGCUGCUCAGAGACCAAGGGAAUUCGAUAUGAAACUGACAACUUGGACUUCAAGGUGAGACCCGAUGGAACUAUCUACGCCACCCAACAAGUUCAAAUCCCCUCGGAGCAGACAAUAUUUAUGGUGACGGCAAGGGACCACCAGGCCCUAGAAAGAUGGGAAACAAUGGUCAGGUUACUGGUGGGAGAGAAAACACAACACAAGGGACACAAGCAGAAAGGAAAGAAGAACACGUCGGCAGACCUUCUGCAGCAGCCUAGUGACACACUGCUGCCCUGGCGCCAUCAUCCGAAUUCUCAUGGGUUGAGGCGGCAGAAGCGAGACUGGGUCAUCCCACCAAUCAAUGUGCCAGAAAAUUCGAGAGGACCCUUCCCACAGCAGCUGGUUAGGAUUCGUUCAGAUAAGGACAGUGAGAUCCAUAUAAGAUAUAGCAUCACAGGCGUGGGCGCUGACCAGCCUCCAAUGGAAGUCUUCAACAUUGACCCCGUUUCAGGGAGAAUGUACGUGACCCGUCCAAUGGAUCGAGAAGAAAGAGCAUCCUACCACCUUCGAGCACAUGCAGUAGAUAUGAAUGGAAACAAGGUGGAGAAUCCAAUUGACCUCUACAUCUAUGUAAUUGAUAUGAACGACAACAGGCCUGAGUUCAUAAACCAAGUAUAUAAUGGAUCUGUUGAUGAAGGCUCUAAACCAGGGACCUACGUGAUGACUGUGACUGCAAAUGACGCUGAUGAUGUUACUACAGCUAAUGGGAUGGUGAGGUACCGGAUUGUGACUCAAACCCCACAGAGCCCAUCGCAGAACAUGUUUACUAUCAACAGUGAGACGGGAGACAUUGUCACGGUGGCUGCUGGACUUGACCGAGAGAAAGUUCAGCAGUACACAGUCAUCGUUCAGGCCACAGAUAUGGAAGGAAAUCUUAACUACGGUCUCUCAAAUACAGCAACGGCAAUCAUUAUGGUGACAGAUGUGAAUGACAACCCACCCGAAUUCACUGCCAGCACCUAUUCCGGUGAAGUUCCAGAAAACCGAGUGGAAGUAGUAGUUGCCAAUUUGACAGUGAUGGACAGAGAUCAGCCUCACUCACCCAACUGGAAUGCCGUUUACCGGAUUAUCAGUGGAGACCCGUCCGGUCAUUUCACUAUCAGGACUGAUCCCAUUACCAAUGAAGGCCUGGUAACCGUUGUGAGGGAGGUUGAUUAUGAGAUGAACAGAGCCUUUAUGCUGACAGUGAUGGUUUCCAACCAAGCUCCACUCGCCAGCGGCAUCCAGAUGUCCUUCCAGUCUACAGCUGGGGUCACCAUUUCUGUCACUGAUGUCAACGAGCCACCAUACUUCCCAACAAACCACAAGGUCGUCAGGCUGGAGGAAGGAGUACCCACAGGGACAGCACUACUGACCUUUUCCGCUGUGGAUCCUGACCGUUUCAUGCAGCAGGCUGUGAGAUACUCCAAGCUGUCAGAUCCUGCAAACUGGCUGAACAUUAAUGCCACAAACGGUCAGAUCACCACCACCGCCGUCCUUGAUCGUGAGUCAGCCUACAUUAAGAACAACGUCUACGAAGUCACGUUCCUGGCAGCUGACAAUGGUAUCCCUCCAGCCAGUGGCACCGGAACACUGCAGAUCUAUCUAAUUGACAUCAACGAUAAUGCUCCUGAGCUUCUGCCAAAGGAGGCACAGAUCUGUGAAAAGCCAAACCUGAAUGUCAUCAACAUAACAGCCGCCGAUGCUGACAUUGAUCCAAACGUCGGGCCCUUUGUCUUUGAGCUGCCAAGUGUGCCAUCUGCCAUCAGGAAGAACUGGACCAUUACACGGCUAAAUGGUGAUUAUGCCCAACUCAGUUUGCGAAUAAUGUACUUGGAAGCUGGCAUGUACGACGUUCCAAUCAUUGUGACGGAUUCUGGAAACCCUCCUCUGUUUAACAUGUCUGUCAUCAAGGUCAAGGUGUGUCCAUGUGAUGAGAAUGGAGACUGUACUACCAUAGGGGCGGUCGCUGCAGCCGGGCUGGGGACCGGAGCCAUCAUUGCCAUCCUGAUAUGUAUCAUCAUCUUGCUAACCAUGGUAUUGCUCUUUGUGGUAUGGAUGAAGCGCAGGGAAAAAGAGCGGCACACAAAACAACUUCUUAUUGAUCCUGAGGAUGAUGUCCGGGAUAACAUUCUGAAAUAUGAUGAGGAAGGAGGUGGAGAAGAAGACCAGGAUUAUGAUUUAAGCCAACUUCAGCAACCAGAGAGUAUGGAUCAUGUUCUGAACAAGGCAAAUGGAGUCAGACGAGUAGACGAGAGGCCUGUUGGUGCUGAGCCCCAGUAUCCUAUAAGACCAGUAAUCCCCCAUCCUGGGGACAUUGGGGACUUUAUUAAUGAGGGCUUGAGAGCAGCGGACAAUGACCCGACAGCCCCACCUUACGACUCCCUGCUCGUCUUUGACUACGAGGGCAGCGGCUCAACUGCGGGCUCCGUCAGCUCACUUAACUCCUCAAGCUCUGGAGACCAAGAUUACGACUACCUUAACGACUGGGGGCCAAGGUUCAAGAAACUGGCAGACAUGUAUGGGGGAGGCGAGGACGACUAAACUGACCUCACUUUAUUGUUUUACAAAAAAAAAAAAAAAAGAGGAAAGCUAUGGCAUUAGAAGGAGGAGGGGAAAAAGAAACCCAACAAUGUAGAAGGAAGAUGAAAGGAGUGAAAAAAAGAUGAAGAUGAAGAAGCAAGAACUGUACAGAAGUGGCAGCUUUUUUAAUUAAUAUCCCCUGCUGAUGACUGUAUUCCUUUUAGUGGUGAUUUAGAAAGUUUCUUUUCCUAUUUUUUUCAUUAUUUCUUCUUUUUAAAAAAAGAACAUCGAGCUGUCUAGCAUGAACACUCGUCUCUGCUGCGGUUGUGUUUUUUUGGGUUUUGUUUUUUUUUACUAUUAUUUUUUUCCAAUGUGUCAGCAGGGAUAUCGCUUGUUCUAUCCACUUUAUGACUAAAGGGAGUGAAAGGCACUUUGUCUUAACUUGAAUUUCUUAGAACAGAAGCACUGUUUUUAAAAUAUAUAUAUAGAUAUAUAUAUUUGAAAGUGCCUUUUGGUACAUGUAUCAGAUUCCCUCAAUCUCAGGAGUGUUCAAAAGAAACAAACAAAAAUUUAUGUUUCAACCAUCUUGGGCACCACACUCUAUGACCCUACGCCAAUUCUAACCGGGAAGGAAUUGACACAAAUAGGAACUGUUGAAUGGUUUCUUUUUGGGGCCUUUAAAAAAAAAGUGGGAGACCUGUUUGCAGGGAGGAGGGAGGGGGGAAACUAGAGAAAUGAGUUUUUAAAAAAUAAUCUCUCGGCCUAAGCAGAUGGUGAAAUGAGUAAACCUGUUGUAUAUAUAAUUCAUUGUUUAUCCGAUGCAAAAUAUCGACCUGGGUUUUAUCUCGUGACCUGGUCACAUGUGAUGUAGCUGCAUAGAACUAUAGCAUUGGUAAGCCUUUGGUGGGGACAACACAAAAGACCUUGCAUAAGCCCUAUCAGUAAAUGAUGACAAGACCAAAGGCCGCUUGUGUGUGAGAGUUGUUUUUCUUUCCGUUGUUCAAGCUCCCUCCACCCACUGAGUCCCAUCAACUGUGGUGAGGUUAUGUGUUUCUAUCAGAUAUUCAUCGUGAUCAACUGAAUGUGGCAUUCUCAUUGAAUAGUAGAGAUGCCAAGCUGGGGGCAAGUGACCAAAUGGCUUCAGGAAUACUAUGCAGGCUCCAUCACGGGAGCUUUUAAAGCAGCGGCAGGCAGUGGAAGUCCUGCAGGCAGGGGCGGCCAUUUCAUGAGGCAAAGUGAGGCCAUUGCCUCAGGUGGCAAAUUAUUAGGGUGGCAGCAGGGCAGCAAGAUGAUCCUUGCCAUUGUCUCUGAAGCAACUCAUUGAGACCGAUCUGAUCCUUGCAAACUUUGUAAGAAGCACAAGGAGAGAAGUGGAUACUGCUGGCAAAAUUCCCUCCUCCCUACCACCCAUGCACUUCCAAAGCUUGCAAGGGUUGGUUUUGAAAGGGGGCUGGCCCCCACCACAGCAUGGGGCAAGGCAGCAUUUUGCACCUUGCCUUAGGCACUGCAGUAUCUUGGGCUGAUGCUGCCUGCAAGGCAUGGGUGCUCACCGGACCCUAUUUUGUAUGGGUCCUGAUCUCUGUUUCAAGGUCCUGAAGUGCUUUGUGUACACUCCAAAAUACCUGGUUUGUUGCCUGUGUUAUGUUAGUCAGAAGCUCCACCCCUUCUCACAUCAUAGAAUAGAAAAAAUGGUGGGGCUAAUCAUCACAAGGAAAAGGUUGAUAUACUCAGAAGUUUGAGGAAUUCAAUAAAUGACCCAAUCAGCAAGUUGUCUUUCUUUCAAAAGUUAUAACAUUGGUGAAGGGUACUGUUAUGAGCCACCUUCUAGUCCAUAGGAAUAGGUGCUCUUUAAGCCUUGAAAGGAGCUCUCAAGUUUGCAUGCUCUUUCACUGGCAGAUCCAGUCAAAGAGACCAUCUUAUCAGGACUCCAUCAUUUAUUCUCUGGAGGUUUUUAAAAUGGGAUUAGUUAGGCUAGCCCAGCAUGAUUUUAGUUUACAAUUUCCUGCUUCAGGGCAGCUGAUACACUUGUCCCAGGAGUCUUUUCUAUGGUUUUGUGGUAUUAGUAAGGAACUUCAAAGCACAUGCCAACUGAUAGAGAAUAAUGAGUAAGCUAGUGUCUAGAAAAGAGCUGGUAGCUAAUCAUGUUACUUAGUUAUCAAAAGAAAGAUAUCACAAAGGAUCCUUGAAGUUUGUGCACCCUCAAAGUUACGUACAAGUCAAAAGCCACAUUUGCAUGUAACACAGAACUGUGGUUCCAAUGGACCCGCGGUUCAUCACCUCUCCCCCGGCUCUCCUGUCCAAAUUCGGAUAUAACGGAGAGCAAUCUCUCUGCAGUCAGUGAGACUGCAGAGAGGAGGGGGAACUGGCUGUGCAAGCUUCCUGCUUGACUAAAAGACAGCCUGCACAGCCAAUCAUGGCCAGAGUUGAGGGAGGAGCUUCCUCCUUCAACUCCGGUUGAAGGAGAUACAGCCUGAAGUUACACAUUCGGAAACAAUGCAGGCUGUGUCCAACCUCGGGUUGCAGCAAGUAAACUCACUACAACCUGAGUGUUCAGACUGGAAUUAGAAAUCUGAAACCUGGGGUUCAUCACUGCGCAAAACCACAUUUCCAUGUAUUCAGACGUAACGCUCGUGGAACCUCUGGCCCUUUCAACUGCGGUUUACCAUGAAGUGCAAAUGUGGGCAUUGUUUCCUCGAGACAUUUUGCUGCUCCCAUUAGCUGCAUCACACGACCCAAGUAGUGCACUCUAGGAACUGAUGCAAGGAGCACUUUGCAUUGCACACUCUUUCCUUGACACUCGCCAAAACAUUUCCAUCCUGCACAACCUCAGUCAGCCAAAUGCCAGUUCAGUUUUUUCAUAAUGAAUGUGGCAAAACCACAUUCCAGACUUUUUGUACAUUAUGAGCUUGACUUUUGAAUGCACCUCAGAUGUUAUAAGCCUCAUUCAGGCAUUAUAAAAUUGCCCAGCUUUAGCUGUGUACACUGAGCCAAAGGUGGAGGAAGUCCCGCCUCCACCAAGUCAAUCAGCAGCACACCCUGCCACUCACACUUACAGCCGGGCUUGUCUAAAGAGGGAAGAGCCAAAAGUGUGAUGUUGGGUGCUUCCAUGAUUGCAGGACUGGACUCACACUCACAGAAGCACCCGCCUUCACAUUUUGGGCUUUCCCCUCUUCAGACAAGCCCCGCUGUAAGCGUGAGUAGAAAGGCAUGCUGCUGAUUGAUAUAGUGGGGGGCGGGACAAAUCCCUGGCUGUAUAAAUUAAAUGAGUCUCAAAACAGCAAAGCUAACAUCCAUGUGAGGACUCAAAGAACCACGGCCAGUCAGUCACCAUACCUUUGUGCCUGACUAAAUAAGAAAGCUUCACAAUUCAUAUGACACCCACUGGGUGGAGUCAGAGAAGCAACCAUUUUCCCCGCUGCCAACACACACACCUCCUUCAAAAAGACCCACCUCAAAUUUUGAAAUCCAGUGGUCUUAGUGCUGGAUGGAGCACCAAGGGCACCCCUUAAGAAGAGUAAAAAAGAAGUCUGCAUCCCCCCUUGGUAACUGACUGUGCCCUUGAAGAAAAGAACCAGUACACACUUCUUGGUUCUGCUACAAGAAUGCAUACCUACUGUAUUCUUGGGGAGCGGGGUUCUAUGAUUCAGAUAAUGAUCUGGGAGCCAGAAGUGCAUUUUGCUACAAAACUAUGGUUCCCUCUUGUAUGGUCGUGCUUUAUAUUAAAUUUGGUACCACGUAAGGGCUUCACAGAUAUGGUGCCCUGGCACUUGGGCAGGGUUGGGAGAUUCCUCAAGACAAGUUUUCUUUUCCUUCUGAGUGGGCAUCUUAUUUACCACAUCUUCAUUAAAAUUUGGUAGAGCCAUGAAAAGCCCGAAACAUUUGCUCUGGGGGCCAAAUCCAGCCCAUGGACCACUAGUUGGCCAUUCUGGACCUACAGUAUUAGUAUCUCUUGAACAAACUGAAGCAACUACACAAACUGAAGAAACUACAUGUAAGCCAACCCCGGGCAUUGUGAUGGUUAGGCACCUGUUUCUGUGUUCGAUAUCAGUUGGAUAAGCAAAGACAGCCAUCGGUAUAAAAUCGGCACCUUGUGUUUACUGGCUGGUAUACUGUAUAAUGUUCUGCCUGCCUUUUAAUGGAAUGUGUGUGCAGUGGUACAAGAGUGCUCUUGUGCAAGAUGCAAGGUUUGCACAAAUGCAGCUGCACCACAGAUAGCCAUUAUUUCCAGUGGCUGUCCAUCACGCAACAGUCUUUGUACAAUUAUUUUCAUUUUGCACAGGAGCGCUCUUGCAGAACUGUGCACACAUUCCAUUAAGAGGCAGGCAGAACAUUGCACAGGAUGUCAUCCGUUGUGUUUAAAUAUUGACAAUUAAGCCAGAGUUAUUUGCUGCAUUCUGCUGGAACCUCACUAUUAUUCAAGGGUAGCAAACUACCUAGUUUGUAUGUAGGGUCAGUAUAAAACAAAACAAAUCAAGACACCUGGAGUCUGUAAUUGUUUUUCUCAAGCAAAAGUUUUUUUUUCCCCUUUAAUGAUUUGGACUAGUGAGGUUUAUGUCUAAUGUUUGUACAAUUAUUUAGAUUGCAUGGAUGUGUAAUGUAAAAACCACAUUUAAUGGAUUAUGAGCCACUUAAUUGUGCUAUGAAAUCUUGGAUUACCUAUGUUUUUUAAAAAAGAAGAAAUUCUGCCGCAGGUUUAAGAGGAACAAUGUAGGAGUGCUUAUAGAUAUUAUUUCAUUUAAAUCCAAGAAUGUGCACAGUUUUAGGAAAGUGAUUUUUUAUUAUCCACAGGGUGCGGGGGUGGGGGUAGGGAUCAUGCUUUCUCUCUUCUUUUUUUUCCAAUAUACAAAUUGAUUCACAUUUGGAAGUUGAGAGAGAGGGUAAGGGGAAUGAGCGCGAGAAAUGUAUUUCAAAUGGAUGUUGUUAAAAGACCAUAUUAGAAUGCAAGCUCCUUUGUCUAUAGACUUUGAAAACGCUCCUCGCACAUUUUAUAUUUCAUUGUAUCAUAUUUUCUAUAAAAUGCAAUUUCUGUAAAUUAACGAGCAUUUGAAAUGUGUCGUGUCUGAUAAUGGAAUGUGGUUAAAAAAAAAAAGUAUUCUGGAGGGAA